GGCUCAGUGGCGGAGUGGGUGCCGUGAGGUAGGGGUGCGGCUCGUGACACAGGGAGACGAGGAGGCAGUGUGGACUCUGUAGGCCGUCACGGCGGCUGACUGGAGUGUGACAGUGGACGGAUGAAACGUCAGUGCGUGUGAGACGGUACGAUUCAGGUCGCGCGGAGUGGAGGGCGGACUGGAAAACGGAAGCCAGUCCGUCUUGUAUGCUCCCGGCUGAGUUCUGAUCAGUCUCGGAGUUCUGCUGAUUGCACGCCGCGGAGGUUAACCACUGCUGUGUGUUUGUGGUAGCAGUGAGGGUUGCGUUCGGCGUGCGUUGCAGUGGCAGUGGGUCACAUCAGCCCGAGACUCCGGUGACCUGGUCUGACCUGUGGUGACCCGAGGUCAGCCCCCGGCGGCGACCGUCACCAUGCUGGUCGUGUGGAGCCAGCCGAUGCCGGUGCUGCUGGUCCUGCUGCUCAUGCUCAGCGCUGGCUGCUCGCUGGCCAUCACCCGAGGAGGUCGCGUGACACACGUGUCUGGUGUGGCCGGCCACGGAGUGGACCUGCCCUGUGACAUCGACACCGCGGAGCCUCAGGACCAGGCGGUGCUCGUCCUCUGGUACAAGAAUAGAAGCGGGAAACCCACCUACACCUUUGAUGCCCGCGGUGGCCGGUCGUUCUCUGAUCGGGACGGCCGCGGCGGGGCUCGCGCCACGUUCGUCACCCACGGCCGUUCUGCCGUUCUGCGUCUGGACCAUCUGGAACCCGCUGAUGAGGCCGUCUACAGGUGCCGUGUGGACUUCACCCUCAGCCCGACCCGCAAUCAGCGCGUCAACCUGACCGUCAUCAUUCCGCCAGAGCGGCCGGUUAUCAUCUUCAACAGCAGGCCGGUGUCUGGUCGGGUCGGGCCUCUGCAGGAGGGAGACCGGCUCGAGCUGACCUGUCUUGCCAGAGGAGGCCGGCCGCCGCCGCGUGUCACGUGGUUCCGAGACGGCCGCCUAUUGGACGACACGGACAGCGGUGACCAGGGUUCGGGUCAGGUGACGAACGUGUUGCGACUGCCGCCUCUGGGACGGGAUGACCUGCACUCGAGCCUGGUCUGCUCGGCGGCAAACAACAACAUCAGCUCGCCCGCCACCAACGACGUCAUUAUUGACAUCAACUUCCGCCCGAUGUCUGUGGCCAUCCUGGGCUCCGCCAAGUCGUCACUGCAGGCGGGCAGCUCCUAUAGCCUGGUGUGCCGGGCCUACGGCUCCCGGCCGCCAGCCAUGCUGUCCUGGUGGCUGGGAGAAGUGCUGCUCGACGGAGCGCUGACGGAGACUGAGCAGGGCAACAUCAGCAGCAGCACGCUCAUGUUCACGCCGCGUGCCUCGGACAACGAGCGCAACCUCAGCUGCCGCGCAGAGAACCGACACGUCACCGGGGGCACCAUGAAGGACACGAGAAAGCUCAACGUCAGAUUUCGGCCAAAGGUGUCCGCCCGUCUGGGAAGCAUCCUCGACCCCGAGGACAUCAAGGAGGGCACCAACGUCUACUUCGAGUGCUCCAUCACUGCCAACCCCGCCGCCUACAGCGUCAGCUGGCUGCACAACGAUCAAGCCGUGGUGCCCAGUCCUCGCGCUGGUGUCGGCGACAUCAUCAGUAUCAACGGCGACACCCUGGUGAUCCGGAACCUGACUCGUCGCUCAGCAGGGAGAUACGUCUGCCGCGCGGUCAACCCUGAGGGAGAGGGCGUCAGCCGGCCGGUCAGCCUUACCGUGAGAUAUGCUCCUGUGUGUAUAUCGGGCCAGAAGAUCCAGUACGGUACGUCUCGAAACGAGCCGGCCCAGGUGACGUGUCAGGUGGACGCUAACCCUGCGGACGUCACCUUCCGCUGGCAGUUCAACACCAGCAUCGAGACACUGGACCUGCCGUUCUCGCAGAUUACAUCCCGAGGCCUGGAGAGCAGCGCUGCCUACACGCCAAAGACCGAACUGGAUUACGGCAUGCUGCUCUGUACCGCCGACAACGCCAUCGGCCGGAUGGUGCGGCCGUGUGUCUUCCACAUCGUGCCAGCAGGUCCUCCGGACCCGGUACACAACUGCUCUGUGGUCAACCAGACGUCCGAGUCGUUGCGCGUGGCCUGCUCGGCGGGCUUCGACGGCGGCCUGCCGCAGCGCUUCAGCGCCGAGCUGUACGACGCCACCUCCGGCCGGCUGGAGCGAAACCUGAGCGCCGGCCGGCCAGAGUUCGAGGCCGAGCGGCUGCCGGCCGGCGUCGAGCUACGCGUGCGUCUGUACGCUUUCAACGCGCGCGGCCGCAGCCGGCCCACCACGCUCGACGGCUUCACGCUGAAGGCCGCCGAGAAGCGCGUCAGUAGCAGCACCGUUGAGAUGCCGCCGGAGGACAGCGUAUCCGUGACUCCGAUCCUGGGAGUCCUCAUCGGAGUGGUCGCCUCGCUGAUCAUCAUCGCCAUCGGCGUCGUGGCCUGCAUGCGCAACAACAGUCGCCGCGCAGCCAAGCCGCCGAACCCGGCCGACCUGGUGCACUCCUCGCUGAUGAUCAAGGAUGGUACCGACGCGACCGGCGACGCCGAGUACCGGGUGGCGCCGGCGACGUCGCCCGACUCCGUCAAACACAUCGCUGCCGACGAUACCAAUCCGGACGUGGUGCCAAACAAGUUUGAUCCCGAGUAUGAGGUAGCGGAGUCGACGCUUCUUCUCAACCACGUGAACGUCGGCAUGGGCGGCAGGAACAGCCUCCUGCUGCCGACGGUGCGUCCACCGCACGCAGCCGCGCCUGCCGGCAGAGACACGCCCUACGCUCAGGAGGGCGUGACAUACGCGGAGCUCACCCUGCCCCGACCGGGCGAAAUGAGCAGGGCCAACCGCUCCCGAGAUCGGGUCAUCUACGCCACGAUCGACCACGGCCGGGCGCCGGGCGGUGCGCGCGACACGGUGGUCAGGACUGCUCCGGCUUCGGAUCAGCGCGAGAGUGUGGUCUGAGCGCGCCGCACGGUGGUCUGUGACGCCGACUUUGUGACCAAACAAACGGGCGCCGCCGCAAAGUGUGCUGAGGGUGACCCAAAUAUGGCCAAAAGGUGUCACAGCCGAUAGUUGCGUAUGUUGUGUUCGGCGGCCGCUAUCCGCCGAUCCAUAAGGCGAACCUUCGUGUGAUGUUUCGACGUUGUCUGUCGGGACGCACGGUGGGGCUCCUCCGCCAUCCGGCGCUUCUCCGCCGCCCUCUGAUGUCCUCCGCUGUGUUCAAGUGGAGGAUGUGGUGUCGAGACUGCCGGGACAUGAGCGUGGACCCACCGGCGGUCCAGCCCCCACGCCCGUACGGCCGCCAAUAUCCGCUGGAAACAAUAUCAAUGUCGGGCCUCAGGACUCGCCAAUGGAAGGCGAACCGUGUCGCGUUCAUGUUGACCGUGCGCGUGUUGUGUCAAAUGACUCUAUUUUCAGCGCCAGUGAAGCGCGCAGGAUGUGCAGUGUCAAAGUGUGUCAGGGUUUCGACAAUCGUGUGUCGUUUUUGAUGUCUUGUCGGCACCGGAGGCCCUUGUACCAAAGAUUGCCAUGAACAAUACGGUGAAAAUGACAGUCUGUCAAAUUAUUACAUAUUAGUGAGUAUACAAGUCAAGUUAUAUCCAACCAACUAGCGACGAAGAAAUGGUUGAUUAUGAAAUAUUUGAUGCAUCUCUCAUGACCUUCCCUUUAUUUGCCUGUGCUCAUGGAAAAAUGUCGCAGGCAGUGCGUCUCACGUUUUGAAUGCCUCUCGUGACAGGCAUUCACAUUUAUCAUUGUAUCAUAACAUUGAUAGGCGCUACGUUUUCGUUGAUAAGUGGUCUUAAUUCUUUGCAUGUUUGCAGAUGACUAUUUUCCAUGUGAAAUGCCUCUGCUCGAACUUUUCGGAAUCGGUUGAUGCUUGUUUUUAAUCGACGUGUCAGCAGUGAACUGACAAUCUUAAAAGACAAAGUGUUGAUAGUUUGUUGGCGAACGAUCAACACAAUCCAUCAAGAGACUUUUCAAUUGUGAAAAGCUACACAUAAUAUCAUCACUUUCUAAGAACAUCCCCUCAUUGUCAACCGGCUGAAGCGGUUUUUAUAUCGUAUUGAGCCAUACGUGAUCUCAUUUGAGCCUGCGGUGUAUCUGCGGUUCUGGGUCGGUUUGGAACUGCUCCGGUCUGGGAAAUGUUACGGCUCGUUUGGGUCGUCUCCGUCUGCCAGAUAUAUCAAUAUGCGCGGUGUCAGAGUGUCGUCUCCGUGUCAGGUAUCACCGCGGUGUCAGGUGUCGCUGCGGUGUCAGGCGGGUGGACCGUGCGCGGUACGGGGUCGUCCGUGCAUGUCUCCGGUUUAUGAGUACCUGUCGCGCUAUAUAUGUCCGUUGGUUGUACUUCUUACUAACCGCCGACUGUAAUUGUUUGACGUUGUGCUUUUGUUUUGUUUUGAUGCCUUGCGUUCUUUGCAAGUUAUAUGUUAUAGAUCUACCUCACCUUUAUUUUAUCCAGCAUGUGACAAGAUAAGUUAUGUCUCGCCAUCGAGCAAGCGCUACCUACAGUGGCGCAUGCUUCUGUCUCAAUCAGCCGUUGUACAUCACACGAAGAUGCGCUUACGAUGGAUUUAGCUAGGAUUGUCAACAAAAGUCACCUGUUUUGUUCCUGAUUUUGCUCUUUGUCUGUUUUGAACACUCGUUGGAAGUUGUUUAUCGGAACUGCCCGCUUGAUUUGUAAGAAGAGAAAUAUACUGGAUGGCGAUUUC